UGAAAAGGAAAAUCGUACGAGAAAUAUUCAUUACGGCAGCAGUUGGGUUGGGCUAACGUCGUGAGUUCGAAUCUCCGCGUUACCGAAAAACACGAGAUUACAAGAAGAUAAACAACGAAUAAAAAACAGAAAGAGCGUCCAGAGCAGCACAAGGCUUCCGUUUAUUCAUUCGUUCGGAAGCUGCGGCAAUAAAUGUGUGUGUGUAUAGAUGUACACACACAUACAUAUACGUUGGGUCUUUGUAACCGGCCUGGGUUAGAAUCGUUCCCGUUGACCGGUAUUUGGUUUCUAGAUCGGCAGAGGCUAUGUCAUACAGAAUGGCGGUGAUUUCUAUUAGCGUAACGAGCUUUGCGAAUUUUUAGAGAGAUUUGGAUCGUCGGAUCCAAGGGAAAUUAAAAUAGAAUGUGAAAUUUGUGCAAAUUGAGAGGGCAUUAUUUUUUCUGCAGGAUGCUGGCAGGGUCCUUGGAUUUUUGGGAAAGAUGACGAGGAAUUUUAUAUUGGAGGCGAUGAGAAGCCUGAGAUUGACGGAGGGCUGUAAGGGGCACCAGGUUUAUGCCGUCAACCCCGGGGAAAAGGUUGCUGAAACAAGAAUGAAGGUUGACAGUCCCAAGUAUUCUGCUAGGAAUCUCGAAGCAGACCCACCCGUUGGAAAUGGCUUAUGUGUAACAAAGUUACUGGAGCCUUCAAUUAAUCCUCACUUGAGGCUUGUGGACCAUGUGGAGACUUUGGCAUCAAUAUAUGGAGAACUUGAGAGAGCCUCAGAUGAGGAAAAAUCUGGCCUAUAUCUAGAGCAGUCUUUUGUUUUCAGAGGCUUAGAAGAAACUAAAUUGCUGCGGCGCAGUUUGCGAUCUGCACGCCAGCAUGCCUCUCGAAUUCAUGAGAAAAUUGUGUUUUCAGCCUGGCUGAGAUAUGAAAAACGUGAGGAGGAGCUUGAUGAGAAUAUGCCACCCAUGCAUUGUAGCGGUAGGGCGUUGGAAUGCCCUAAAGCUGCACUAGUUGCUGGAUAUUUGCCUUUAACUAUUUUUGAUCCUUGCCCUUGUCGACAACCCUUGGUUGACUGUGAACUGGCAUCAGAGUGUUCAACUUCAGCUGCUGCUGAAGAAGAUGUUGUGUUUUGCAUUGGUGAUGGGGAGGUUGCCUGCAAUCGUGAGAAAAUUGCUGCACUUUCAAUUCCCUUUCAUGCGAUGCUCUUCGGUUGCUUCACCGAGUCACAAAGAUCAAGAAUAAUUUUUUCUGACAAUGGGAUCACUUUGCAGGGUAUGAAGGCUGUGAAUGAAUUCAGCAAAACAGGUUGUCUGGACUCUCUUUCACCCCAGAUUGUGCUUGAGCUUUUGUCAUUCGCCAACAAAUUCUGUUGUGAAAAGAUGAAGUCUGCCUGCGAUCAACAUCUGGCAGGCCUUGUGUACAAUAUGCAUGAUGCAGAGAUUUUCAUUGAGUAUGGUCUUGAGGAAAAUGCAGAGUUACUUGUUGCUUCCUGCCUACAGGUUUUUCUAAGGGAGCUACCAAAAUCUUUACAGAAUCCCCAAGUUUCAAAUUUAUUAUGUAAGUUAAAAGGUGGGAAAAGACUGGCCAUGGUUGGACAUUCUUCUUUUGCUUUAUAUUCCUUUUUAAGCCAAGUAGCAAUGGAGAAUGAUAUGGCGUCAGAUGCUUCUGUUAAGCUCCUAGAGAGGUUAAGAGAGUGUGCUUCUUCACGUAGACAAAGGGCUCUUGCGUUGCAUCAGUUGGGUUGUGUGAUGCUAGAACGAAAACAGUAUGUGGAUGCACAGAAUUGGUUUGAAGCUGCCGCCGAAGCGGGGCAUGUGUACUCAUUAGCUGGUGUGGCAAGAGCAAAGUUCAAGCGGGGCCAUAGGUAUUCUGCUUAUAAAGAGGCUAAUGGUCUGAUUUCUUGCUACAAGCCAGCAGGAUGGAUGUAUCAGGAAAGGUCUUUGUACUGCUGCGGCAAAGAAAAAAUGAUGGACUUAAACAUGGCGACAGAAUUGGACCCGACUCUUCCAUAUCCAUACAGAUUUAGGGCUGCUGUGUUAAUGGAUGAAAAUAAAGUUCAUGCAGCAAUUGCUGAAAUAAAUAGGAUUUUAGGUUUUAAAGUCUCCCCAGAUUGCCUUGAAUUGCGGGCUUGGUUUUGUCUUGCUCUUCAGGAUUAUGAUGGUGCACUUCGAGAUAUAAGAGCUUUGCUGACCUUGGAUCCAAAUUAUCUGAUGUAUUCGGGACGCGUGCCAGCAGAUCAGUUGCUUCGUCUCCUGUGUCAGCAUGUGGAACAAUGGACUAAGGCGGACUGCUGGAUGCAGCUUUAUGAUCGGUGGUCCUGUGUUGAUGAUAUUGGAUCAUUGGCUGUGGUGCAUCAAAUGUUGGAGAAUGAACCUGAGAAGGGUUUGCUCCGAUUCCGGCAAUCUCUACUUCUUCUUCGGUUAAAUUGCCCAAAGGCUGCAAUGCGGAGUCUACGGUUGGCACGUAAGCAUGCAAGUAGCGAGCAUGAGAAACUAGUAUAUGAAGGUUGGAUUUUAUAUGACACUGGCCAUCGUGAAGAGGCAUUGCAGAAAGCAGAAGAGUCUAUUACUAUCCAGAGGUCCUUUGAAGCCUUCUUUCUAAAAGCUUAUGCUCUAGCAGACACAAGUCUAGAUCCUGCCUCUGCGGCCAAUGUUGUAGUGCUUCUUGAAGAGGCCCUGAAAUGUCCUUCAGAUGGGCUUCGUAAAGGACAAGCCCUGAACAACCUUGGAAGUGUUUAUGUGGAUUGUGAUAAGUUGGAUCUUGCUGCAGCCUGUUACAUAAGUGCUCUCAAUAUUCGCCAUACAAGGGCUCAUCAGGGAUUGGCACGGGUGUAUCAUCUAAAGAAUGACAGGAAAACUGCAUAUGAAGAGAUGACAAAGUUGAUAGAAAAGGCCCGAAACAAUGCAUCUGCAUUUGAAAAGCGUUCAGAGUAUUGUGAACGGGAUAUGGCGAAGGCUGAUCUAAGUAUGGCAACACAAUUGGAUCCACUUAGAACAUAUCCAUACAGAUACCGGGCUGCAGUGCUGAUGGAUGAUCGGAGAGAAAAUGAGGCGAUUUCAGAGCUUUCAAAGGCAAUAGCAUUUAAAACUGACUUGCAAUUGCUACACUUGCGAGGAGCAUUCCAUGAGUCUAUAGGGGACACUGAAGCUGCUGUACGUGAUUGCCAGGCUGCACUUUCUGUGGAUCCAAAUCAUGGGGAUACUAUUGACCUUUAUAAUAGAGCUCGUGGUCGUCAAUAGUCAAUGUUAUGUUAGGGGAGACCAACCUUCGAUCAUCUUACAAACUGUCAUUCUGCUCAGCAUUUGAGAGGAACAAGUUGUGCCUGUUCUGAACACAAAGCUCCUGGAUGUGAGUAGGGCGGAGUCUUUGCAUUAUUGAUUGCAUAAUGGAGUUGCAUUGCCAUUAUUUUCUCCAUUUCACUCUACGUCUAUGGCUGAGAGUUUCCAGCAAGGUCUUCAAGUGGAAAGAUUGAGAGUUCAAAACAUGGCAGGUUUGUUUCAAGUAAAUCAUCCCUCCAUCUGUUCAAUUGUAUGGUCGUACAAGAUUCCAUCUUCAGACUAUCUUGAAAUCACAAAGCUCCUGUAAUGUCAUUGAAAAGUGGUUUAUUUAAUUUAAUCGACUCUAAGGCGACAAAUGUAAUCCUGCCUUCUGGUGCUGUUAGUGGCAAACAAAACACAGAUUAUUGAAAGACCAAGAUUUUUACAAAUAGCAAUUAGGAGCUUGUCAUGUAUCAUGCAAAGGAUAAAUUGUGGAACGGUAUAACAAAGAGGCCAAGCAUUUUAUGAAUAGCAAUCUGGAGCUCGUCAUGUAUCAUGUACAGGAUUACCGUGGAACAGUGUAACUAACAGCUUUGAAGGCAUUGGUCUGUAUCACAAAUGGAGUUCCUUUCAACUCAUUUUCAAGGCCAUAAUGCAAGUUGCAGUUUUUAUUCUUUUUUCUUUUUGCACCAUGCCAGGUGUAAUUUUAAUGUGUGCAUAUAGUGGACUUCAUUCUACGGAAAUAAUUUAUUUAGUUUGAUUGACCCUAAGAUUCAACUUGCUUUCAGCUUGACAUCUUUUUGACACGAGGCAGAACAAAGUACUGAAUUUUUAUUAUGAAAAAACUCAAGAGGGCAAACGAUUAUCUGUCCAGCCACAAGAAGCUCAUCAUGUAUCAUCCAUAGUAGUAUAAUCUGUGCAACAGGAUGAGCCAACGAAGGCAUUGUUCUGAUGUGAUUUAUUUCAACUUAUUAAGAAGCUCUACUUCUAGUGUGUAGUGAGAAAUUGCUACAUUUGUUUGAA